GUCCUGCUAGUGAUUUUUUGUAUAUUUAGACUGGGGGAGUUCAGAGAGAAAAAGCAAAGCAAAGAGAAACAAAAGAAGCUCCCCAUUGUGUUCAUCCAUGGCUUCUAAGCUUCUUUUGAUUGCAGUCUUCGUUCUUGAUCUUAUCGCUUUUGGUUUAGCUGUUGCAGCUGAGCAAAGAAGAAGCACCGCCAGGAUUGUGCGGGACAAUGAAAUUAAUUACAACUAUUGUGUAUAUGACUCGGACAUAGCCACUGGCUAUGGUGUUGGUGCAUUUUUGUUCCUUAUGGCUAGCCAAGCCCUUAUAACGGUAGCCACCCAAUGCUUCUGCUGUGGAAAGGCUUUGAACCCUACUGGUUCUAGGGCAUGGGCAGUCAUCCUUUUCAUUGUUUGCUGGUUGUUUUUCCUAAUAGCCGAGAUAUACCUGCUGGCCGGAUCGGUCCAGAACGCGUACCACACCAAAUAUCGGACAAUUUUCAGUGAACUGCCUCCGUCUUGUGAAACAUUGAGGAAAGGAGUGUUUGGUGCAGGGGCAGCCUUCAUUUUCUUAACAGCCAUAGUCAAUAAGUUCUACUACAUUUGCUACUCAAAUGCUAGGGAGAACAGUUUCCAGCCAUACGGUGGCGGCCGAGAGGCCGGUGUCGGCAUGGGAACUUACAAAUAAGCAAUGCCUGAAAAAGAAAACCAGGACUUCAAGUUAUUGCAGUAAUAUGUGACUACAUGAACUCUAUGAUAUCGAUUUGAUUACUUCACUGUCUGGUUUUUUGAGUUCCAUUUCAUGUUCUUAAGGGUUCUAUAUAGGCGAUAGAUCGUAUUUCAUAUUCGAUUCAUAUUAUUUUUAUUUCCUUUUCUUCCCCAAUCCAAAAUUCUGUAGAAAAUUUUGAAGUUUGUUGUAUACAAGCAAAUAACAGAAGACUGGUGUUUGUGUUCCAAUUAAUCAUGCAAUGCUAGUUAUGUGUUUUCUUGAAUGA